AUGCACACCCUGGCAUUGACAGCCAAGCCGACGAAGGCAGCAGGCCUCCGGACCAUUCGACCAGCUCAGAGACCAGUUGGCCGGGCCGCUCAGGAAUUUUCAGCCGCGUGGCACGCACCGGCCCCCGUUCGUGGCCGAGGAGCUCUCACUGCCGCAACAGCAACUGCCUUCCUUGCUGCUGCUUGGUCGGGCGCGCGGCGGCGGCAGGGCAGAUUGGGGAGGUGCCAGUGGUCGUUGACGCGAGCGGCUACUGCGACAGAGGACGCCGUGCAACACUCGGUGCCUGUGAUUCUGCUGAGCGGCUUCUUGGGCACAGGGAAGACCACAUUGCUGCGGCACUGGCUCGAGAACACCACCGACCGCGUGGGCGUUGUGGUAAACGACGUGGCUGCUGUGAACAUUGACUCGAAACUUGUACAGCAGGAGUCCUACAACCCAGAGGGUGAGGUGAAUGCCAUCCAGCUUCAGAACGGCUGUGCCUGCUGCUCAUUGGGUGAUGAGCUCCUGGUCAACAUUCAUGACUUGCUGGAGCUCGCCGGUGGGGACAGGCCCUUCAGCCAGAUUGUUGUCGAGCUGAGCGGAGUAGCAGAGCCGAGACGAGUUCGCGAGAACUUUGACUCUGCCAUAGAGCAAGGGUACUAUGUGGUCGACGGAGUGAAGUUGGACAAAGUUGUUACAAUACUGGAUGCCUCAACUUUCUGCGAGGAAUACAUGGAGUUCGCUCGGAUAUACGAGAGGGAGGACCUGCAGGAUGGCGAUGUCGGAGAGAUGGCAGAGUGCAGUGUCGUGGAGCUGCUAGUAGAGCAAACAGAGGCUGCUGACAUCGUGGUCUUGAACAAGACGGACUUGGCGACACAGGACCAAGUGGAAGCGACUAGGGCAGUGGUGAAGGCCAUCAACAAGGAGGCCACCAUCAUCGAGACCACGUUUGGCAAAGUCACGCUGCACGAUGUGCUUGCUGCUGCACAUUCUGAAGUUGGCAAGCAUCAUCAUGAGAAUGGUCACGACGAACACGGCCACGAAGAGCAUGCUCAUGAGGAGCACAGCCAUGAAGAGCAUGGUCACGCAGGUCACGAGGCACAUGCAGAGCAUGGCCACGAAGAGGCACACAGCCACGGCCACGAAGAGGCACACAGCCAUGGCCACGAAGAGGACCAUGGCCAUGCACACAGCCAUUCCAGUGACUGCAGCGACCCGGAGUGCACUGACGCCAGUCACGGCCACAGCCACAGCCACGCGGAGGACUGCAGCGAUCCAGACUGCACCGACGCCAGCCAUGGUCAUGAUCAUGGGCACUCCCACAGCCAUGGCACAACAACUGCCGAGGACCGGUUCGGCAUUACAUCUUUCACUUACACUGCGCGGCGGCCUCUCAGCGAAGCACGAUUUACGAAGGCCCUGCAAAAGUGGCCCAUACCAAAGCAUAGCGACUUGCAGCUCACCCUGACUGAUGAUGAUAGCAGUGCUGAUCAUCCCAUGGCCCGAGUCAUUCGUUCAAAGGGCUUCUGCUGGUUGGAGUCGCAGCCGUCCAAUCGCGUCUAUUGGAGCCAUGCCGGCAAGGAUAUGCAGCUCACCUACAAUGGCUUUUGGUGGGGUGCAAUGUCGGAAGAACAGGUCAAGAUCAUGCAGAAGAUGGCUGCAGGCGAGUAUGAGAGGGCCAAACGUGAGGACUGGGAUGAUGAGUGGGGUGACCGCCGGCAGGAGGUCGUGUUUAUCGGCCAGAAGCUAGAUGAGGCGGCCAUCCGUGCUUGGCUGGACGAAUGCCUGCUGACAGACAAAGAGAUGGUCUCCUACAAGAAGAAGCAGGAGGCUGCGGCGAAGGAUAGUGGCAUGAUCAUGUGGCCUUCGGAGAUGAUGGCCCAAGACGUUGGUGAGAUGACUGACUGA